AUGCUCCCCCUUCAGCCGUACGAGCUCUUCGGCACCAAGGCGGGUCUUCUCAGCAGCGGCCUGAAACUCCUCGCGGUCGAGGCGAGCCUUCUCGAUGAUGGCCUGGAACUUGUCCUCUGCCCGCCGUGCGUCCUCCCGCACCGCCUGCUCGCGCCUUUGCAGGUCGUUGAUGACCUGCUGGGCGGCGGCAACCUGCGCGGGGCCGCUCCGGCCGCCCCCGAUGCCGCCGUCCCCGACGCUGCCGUCGAGGCAGGCACCGCCGCCCCGGAUGUCGCUGGCCUCAUCAACGGCCUCGGCGCGUGCGCCGCCGCCGUCAUCGAGGUCGCCGUGACUGUCGUCGACACCGACAUGCGUCCCGAUCCGUCCGCCGCCGCCAGCGUCUCCGUCGUGGCUGCCGGAGCGGGCGUUCCCGUCCCCACCGCCGUCGCGGCCUUCGACGCGACCACCGAGGCAGGCGUCCCCGCCCCCGUCGUAGCCGCCGGAGUAGGCACCCACGCCUCCGCCGCCACCGUUGCCUUCGCCACGGCUUCCCGGGCAGAUGUCCCUGCCUCCGCCACCGCUCCAGUAGCCGGGGCGGGCGUCCUCGCCUCUCCCACCGCCGCUGUCCCCGUCGUGGCCAUGGGGGUGGACUCUCUCUCCUCCGCCGCCACCGACGGAGCCGCACGCUUCUCCUCCACCUCGUCGUCGAGGUCUAUCACACCCCCGGUCGGAGGACCCCUAGGGGCAAUGCCCUAUCCUGCGGGGUCGGUUGGGAAGGCCAAGGGCGGAGCAGGGGUCGAACCCUGCCCCAUGCCCGUUUGCGGCACCACUCCACCAGUUGCCGCCGUAGGAGCCACCUCCGCGGUAGGCUUCGUGGUCUCUCUGGCGACGCCGCCGCGUGCUGCCGGCGGGGUCGCGGUCCGCCCCGCGGAGGUGGACGACACCCGUAGCGCCUUCUUUGGCUCCAGCGGCGGGAUGAGGCCUCGAGGGGCAGCGCUGUGA